AUGAAUUUGCGGGUUCCGCACCCUGCUCUCCUAAGCGCCCACGAGACGCGUGUCUGCACCGGAACCACCGACGCAAUCAUGGCAUCUCCUCAACAGAUCAAGACACCUCUGACCGAGGCUUUCGGCAUCAAGCACCCAAUCAUGCUUGCCGGCAUGAAUGUCGCUGCUGGUCCUGAACUCGCUGCGGCCGUCACAAACGCAGGCGGGAUCGGCAUUAUCGGUGGCGUUGGAUAUACGCCAAAAGUGCUGCGCCGUCAGGUAGAAGAGCUGAAAGAACACUUGAAGGACAAGAACGCUCCGUUCGGCGUCGACUUGCUUUUGCCCAAGGUAGGAGGUUCCGCUCGAAAGACAAACACCGAUUACACCAACGGACAGCUUCCUGAACUCAUCGAUAUCAUCAUUGAGUCCGGAGCCAAGCUGUUUGUCUCGGCUGUCGGUGUCCCUCCCGUCGAGGUGGUCAAGAAGCUUCACGAUGCCAAGAUCCUCGUGGCUGGUAUCAUCGGCCACCCCAAGCACGCACCCAAGGUGAUCGAAGCUGGCGUCGACAUGGUCAUCUUCCAAGGUGGCGAGGGUGGUGGACACACUGGCGAUGUUCCUCUGUCAAUCCUUGCUCCUCGUGUCGUCGAUCUUUGCCGCGGACACAAGUCACCUCUCACCGGUAAGCCUAUCAUCACCGUCGCUGCUGGUGGUAUCUUCAACGGACGAGGUCUCGCUGCCUCGCUCGCCUACGGCGCUGAUGGUGUUUGGGUCGGUACACGAUUCGUCGCCUCUGUCGAGUCUGGCGCUCCCAAGGCACACAAGGAGGCCGUGCUCAAGUCGACCCACGAGACCGACAUCCGCACCAUCAUCUUCACCGGUCGUCCACUGCGUGUCUUCAAGACCCCGUACAUCAUGGACUGGGAAUCGCGUCCGGACGACAUCAAGAAGCUCACGGACAAGGGAACCAUCCCUGUCUACCACGAUCUCGACAACGACGACGAGGAAGGCACAAAGGAGGCGGGAGCCAGGCAGAGGUUCUUGCUCGGAAAGUGCGCUUCCGUCAUCAGCGACAUCAAGCCUGCUAAGGAGAUCGUAGACGAGAUGGUCAACGAGGCCGUCGCCGUGCUCAGGAACGGUAGUCAGCUGCUUGUCGGUGGCGGUGCUCGUCUCUAG